CUAUCUUUUCUGUUUGGUACAUGCAACGUGUGCAUACACUGGUUCAGCGCUGGUCAGUUUAGUUAUACAAAACUUGAUCAUCUCGACCAGGAAAAAGUUUAAACAAUGGCAAGUACAAAAACUGAAAAUCCUGAGAAGCCAGGACAGGAGGUAACUCCUAUUCACAGAAUUAGAAUAACUCUUACCUCUAGAAAUGUUCGUUCUCUUGAGAAAGUUUGCUCUGAAUUGAUCAAUGGAGCAAAUAAGCAGAAACUUAAAGUUAAGGGGCCAGUACGUAUGCCCACAAAAAUUCUGAGGAUAACCACACGUAAAACACCGUGUGGAGAAGGUUCGAAGACUUGGGAUCGUUUCCAGAUGCGCAUUCAUAAAAGAGUUAUUGACUUGUAUUCACCAUCAGAAAUUGUAAAACAAAUUACAAGCAUUUCCAUUGAACCUGGUGUUGAAGUGGAAGUCACAAUUGCUAAUGAAUAAGACAUUUGGAGAAAAGUGUAUAAAGUUUUAAUAAAAACUUGAAAAUACUGAAA